GGUAAUUAAGACAGUUAUUAAUACAUAGCUAAUUAAAAUACUAGAAUGCACGACCUUUUGUAUUACGGUGAAGUUAAUUAGGUCAAGUUAAUAUAGAGUUAAUUAGGAUGCUACAAUGCAUGACCUAUGGUGUUAAGAGAAAGGUAAUUAAGGUACAGUUAAUUAUUACAGUGUUAUUUAGGCAGUAGGAAUCAUGACGUUAUAUGUUAAUUAGGGUGAAGUUAUGUAGGGCACAGCUAAUUAAGUUAGUCUCAAUUAAGGCACUCAAACUCGCGAUCUUCUGUUGGAGAAAAAAAGAAGUAACAUCGCAUUCAAAUGAGUAGAUCAAGCAAUUUAAUGCAUUUCUCUUGAGCGUGCUGGCUUUCGCAUUCACCCUCUUUCGCCGUAUGCUAUAGGCACUUUCAAUUUUUGUGCGUUCCCUAUGUCCGCCCGAUUCUCGGCCGAUGCCCCUGUAGUUGAAACGUGCCACAUUUGAGGCGAAUCAUUGUCAUUUUAGAGGAAAAUGAAGUUAUGAGCUCCAUCAGUGCAAUUUACUUUACUUUAUUCUUUUUUUUUCUUUUUAACAAUCCUAUCAACGCAAGGCUCACUAUAGUAUUUAUCAAUACUUUAUCUCAUGCAUUCACACUUUAUAUUGCAUCUUGGCUUAUUUGUUUUCCUUUUUUUUCGUGUUUUAUUUAUUUAUUAACCAAUUUAUUUUAUUUUACUUAUUGAAUCAUAUUACUACCCGAUUCGUGGCCUAUCCCCCACAGUGGGUUUGUACCAUUAACUGAGGCUUCAUCAUCAUCAUAAUCAUCACCGGCAUAAUGACGCUGCAAUAAAAAACGUAUUUGAAGUGAUAUUUCAUUGUGUAAGUGAAACAAGGAGACUGUCACGUUAAUUUCAUUGUUUCACCUUCCGCGAUAUGAACACAAAAAUAUUAACUUAGAAAUUAAAAAUAAUACAGCAUGAAAAUUGAUAAUAACGAUUAGUGUUCAUUUAAUAUCACUUUCUAAACUACAAAGUUCAAUUUAAGUAUUCUUCCCUUCUUACCUACUGCCGCACGAUUCAUUGCCGAUCCCCUGUAGUGGGUUGAGCCAUAUCCGUAGGCACCACACCAAACCAAGCCGUCAUCAGCUGCUACCGUUGUGAGGUCUAGUCAUAUAAUCAGAACAGCAGUUCUUCAGACGUCCACAAUGCAGUCGUCAACAGCGACUUCGUCUUUCGACGAAUGCUCGACGUCAUCGAUGGAAAUGAUUACUGCUUCAGAAGGGGGUACAGCGACGGCAUCAACAGCAAUCUCGGCCCCAGAAGAAGGUGCCAGCGCCAGAGUGGGUUCUUCAUAUUGGCAGACGACGUCAACGUACGUCACGGCAUCGACUGGCGAGGAAGACUCGAGAGUCCCGCCAAGCAGUUGUCCGAGUGGAGCGAUCGGCAGGAAACUGAAGCCUGCGGUGCCGAUAGACCCGUCCCAACCAACAUUAGAGUUUCUUGGGCUCCGCCGCAGACCUGGCUUGCAGAACGAUGGCUCUAUAAGCCUGCCGAGCUCGUCGCCACGGUUGGUCGGUGUCCUGCUCACCAUUAUUGUGCUUCUCUGCGUGGUGCCCUACAUAUUCUCCCUGUUCCCCUCCUCUUCUUCUCAUCUGCGAGCCAGAUCCACAGGCGACACUGAAAAAGCGGAUAAACUGCCGAGGAAGGAGACCACACUGGACGUCAAAACCACAGCGGCUACUGAAAAGGUGGAGAAACUGCAAAAGGAGGAGACAUCACCCGCAGUGUCACCGGCUGCUGUUCCUCCGUCGCCUGGCUACGUGGGCGCGGAAUGCAACGUGACCUCACCAUGCUUGGGCAAAGCACAGUGCGAGGACGGCAUUUGUCUCUGCGAGAAACCUAAGUACCGCGUUUCGUCCGGUGUGUGCGUCUCUCGUGGCCCCCGCAAGGUCUCUGGCAAGAAGAGGAAGCGUGUGAGACGCAUGCGGUCGCGCUCGCACGGCUCGCACCGACGUGGCGUCCGCCAUCGGCACGUCGUUAGACAUGGCGGCCGCAAUACGAAGAAACGACACGUUCGCGCAAGCACCCACCAGUCAACGCCAUGGAUCGUGUCAACGAAACCGACGUAGUUUGUUUUUUUCUUGAUUUCAAGAAAGAACAUUGCUCCAUUGGAGGAUGCACCCAAGAUUUUUCUACAAUCACGGUUUUUGAUGACGCGCUGCUGAGCACACCAUUAGUGACUCCUAAUGAAAUUUGAAUAUAAUUAUUC